AUGUCCGGGAUCAAGAGGGUCAUCGCGGAGAAGGACCCCGACUACGAGGAGAUCGCUGUCACGCACCCCAGCAAGCGUCACAAAGCGGCCGAACAGUCAGCUCGAGAUGUUGCAGUGCAGAAGAUCGAGACGAUUAUAAAAGAACAGUUUGCUGUUGAAAUGAAGAGUAAAGAACAUGAAAUUGAAGUUAUAGAUCAGCGCCUGAUUGAAGCGAGGAGGAUGAUGGAUAAGCUGCGUGCCUGUAUUGUGGCUAACUAUUACGCAUCUGCUGGUCUCCUUAAAGCUGGAGAGGGGACCAGGACAUGUGAUGCGACAAUUCUUAAUCACCCGUCAAUCAAGAAAUUCUUGGAAUCACCCUCCAGAUCGUCAUCUCCAGCUAACCAGGGCUCGGACACUCCAUCUGCCAACCACUCCGAGAGUGACUCGCUCUCUCAGCACAAUGACUUUCUCCUGGACAAAGACAAUGGCAACUUGGAUGCAGACGAGCGUCUGACAAACAGCCUGGACCAGAGACAGAGCAGAAAUACUGCCCGGGACAGUUCGGGUGUUUCAAGCUCUCAAAAACCAGGACAACGAAAUGCCGGACUGUCAAAUGAUGAAACUUCACGGCUUUAUGUGAAGAAAACGAUUGUGGUUGGCAACGUCUCCAAGUACAUUCCCCCUGACAAGAGAGAAGAAAAUGAUCAGUCGACCCAUAAAUGGAUGGUGUAUGUGCGAGGCUCUCGGAGAGAACCCAGCAUAAAUCAUUUUGUCAAGAAAGUUUGGUUCUUCCUCCAUCCCAGUUACAAACCUAAUGACCUGGUAGAAGUGAGAGAACCUCCGUUUCACCUGACCAGGAGAGGCUGGGGAGAAUUUCCUGUGAGAGUCCAGAUUCACUUCAAGGACAGCCAGAACAAGAGGAUCGAUAUCAUACACAAUUUGAAGUUGGACAGGACCUACACAGGCCUGCAGACACUUGGCGCAGAAACGGUAGUGGAUGUGGAGCUGCAUAGGCAUUCCCUUGGCGAGGAGUAUCUCUUCUCCCAGUCCUCGGAGUCUGACCUUUCUGACGCUCCUACGUCUUUACCACUGCCGUUGAGUAUCCCAGCACCAGUCAAAGCUUCCUCACCAAUUAAACAGUUGCGGGACUCCAGCCCAGAUGCUUCCGUGGAGAAAGGAUUCCCUGGGAAUGCUGAAACCGAAAGACAUGCCACGUUUUAUUCCCUGCCAUCUUCGAUAGAACGGACUCCCACCAAGUUAGCCACACAGAAAGUUGCCUUUGGCUCUCAUGGAAAUUCAGCCUUUCAACCCAUUGCAGCUAGCUGUAAAAUAGUGCCUCAAGGUCAGAGUCCAAGCCCUGCAGAGUCGCCAGGAAAAUCCUUCCAGCCUAUCACCAUGAGUUGCAAGAUUGUAUCAGGUUCUCCAAUAUCGACCCCUAGUCCAUCUCCGCUACCUCGUACCCCAACCUCCACUCCGGUGCACAUGAAGCAAGGCUCUGCUAGUUCAGUCAUUAAUAAUCCGUAUAUUAUUGUGGACAAGCCUGGACAGAUGGUUGGAGCAGCAGCCACAAGCACAGGGAGCCCGACCAGCAAACUGAGCAGUGGUUGUCAGGCCUCUCACAGAACUGGAUCUCCGGUGUCGAAGACCCAUGGGAGCAGUUUUGUCACCUCAGUUGUCAAGCAGGAGGAUUCUCUGUUUGCCACCAUGCCACCCCUUUGUCCCAUCGGGAGUCAUUCCAAGGUACAAAGCCCCAAAUCAGUCACUGGAGGACUUGGAGCUUUUACAAAGGUGAUAAUAAAGCAGGAGCCGGGAGAGCUGCCCCAGCAACCCCAACUACCAGCGACAGGGACGACCACGCAGACCUCUGUGCAGCAGUAUGUCACUGUAAAAGGGAGCCACAUGUUAGCUUUGUCACCGCAGAAGCCGGUCGUGAGCACAGGCGAGGGGACGGUGCAGUCUAAGGUUGUUGGCAUUCCAGUCGGUUCUGCUUUACAGUCGACAGUCAAACAAGCGGUGGCUAUCAGUGGUGGCCAGAUACUCGUGGCAAAAUCUAGCUCUUCAGUAGCAAAGGCUGUUGGGUCGAAGCAGGUUGUGACUCAAGGUGUAGCCAAAGCCAUCGUGAGUGGAGGUGGAGGGACAAUUGUUGCUCAGCCCGUGCAGACUAUAACGAAGGCGCAAGUUUCUUCCACGGGUGCCCAGAAGAGUACCUCUCAAGGCUCAGUGAUGGCCACACUGCAGUUACCAGCCACCAACCUGGCAAACCUGGCAAACUUGCCACCAGGCACCAAACUGUACCUCACCACCAACAGCAAGAAUCCUUCUGGGAAAGGAAAACUGCUUCUGAUACCCCAAGGAGCCAUACUGCGAGCCACAAAUAAUGCUAGUCUCCAAUCUGGUUCUUCUACGAGUAGUGGAGGAGGAACAACAACCCAAAGCACAAGCAGUAAUUUGUCACAGCACCUCACCUAUACAUCCUACAUCCUGAAGCAGACACCCCAGGGCACCUUUCUGGUCGGCCAGCCUUCUCCUCAGAGUUCUGGGAAGCAGCUGACUCCAGCUUCAGUUGUUCAGGGCAGUGUAGGAGUCGGAGCAUCUUCCACACAAGGACAAGCACUAAAAGUGAUAACUGGACAGAAAACAGCUCUGUUUACACAGGCUGCACCCAGUGGACAGACGUCGCUGGUGAAAAUAUCAGACGGGUCCAUCAAAUCCGUGCCUGCCUCAUCCCAGCUCUCCAAACCUGGCACCACUGUGCUGAGGGUAUCAGGAGGUGUUAUCACCACAGCUGCUGCUCCUGCCGUGGCCCUUCCUACAAACGGGGUGGCCCAGCAAGUAGAUAAUGCAGGUUCCAGUUCAUCAUCUUCUGGUGCUCCUGCAGCAAAGACAGCUGGACAACAACACCAAAUCUGUAUAAGCCAGAGCCAGUCGACUUCGUCAGUAGUGAAUAAGACUGCUACUUCUACUGUUGUAAGUGUUGCUUCUCUGAUGACUACACCAACGCCUGUGACUGGAAAAGCUGCAGUAUCAGGGUUGCUAAAAAUCCACUCAAAUCAGUCUAGUCCACAGCAGGCUGUUCUGACAGUUCCCAGCCAGCUUAAACAGCUCGGUGUAAACACAGCUUCUGGAGGUGUUCAGACAAUACUCAUGCCUAUGAACAAAG